AUGAAGGGCCUCUAUGAUAGAGAGAAUAAUUCCAUUUGUUUCUCUAGGAAUUUUGGAGUGCAAGCCUUAGCAAAGUCAUUGAAGUCUCAAUUAAAAUUUCCUCGCAAGUAUCCUAUUGGGCAGAUUCAAAUGGCAAAUACCCAUGAUUCUAUCCUUAGUGGUGGCAACAGUGAGUCAAGAGGUGCCUCGGUUGUUCUAGAAGGCUUGGAUUGUAGUGGGAAGACUUCACAGUCUAGUAGAUUACUCUCAUACUUGGAGGGACUGGGGCAUUCAGCUGAAUUAUGGAGGUUUCCUGACAGAAGUACAGAUGUUGGGCAAAUGAUAUCUUCUUACCUUUCCAACAAAUCACAAUUGGACGAUCACAUGAUCCAUCUUCUCUUUAGUGCAAAUCGUUGGGAGAAGAGAUCAUUGAUGGAAACUAAAUUGAAGACUGGAACCACCCUUAUUGUCGACCGCUAUUCCUAUUCUGAGGUAGCUUUCUCAUCUGCCAAAGGACUUGGUGUUGAAUAGU